AUGAAAAACAUCAAAAUUUGGAAUUAUUUGACAAAUCUUGAUCGAGAGAAGCGUUCUUGCACUUGUUUAGCAUGUAACAACACUGUUCAAUGGUCGAAGGAACGCCUUGCAGCGCAUAAAAGAUCAACAUGUCUAAACGCCAUUGUCGAGGAAAAAAGAUUGUUUUCUAGGCGUAAUUAUGAAUCGUCACAUCUAAUCAAUGAUUCUCGGCAACUUCCGUCUGCUUCUGAUUCACCGACGCAGCGUGUAUGUCAACCAAUUAAUAAAGAGCUCAAAAAUGAUAUCGACAUGAAGUUUGCUAAUUUCUUUUACCGUACGGAACUUAAGUUUUAUAGUCUUCCUCGAGAUGAAAUACUUCAAAGAAAGUGGCUAAAUGUGAUAAAUCGUGCUGCAGAUAAUAGUGCAUGUAGGAAGCAGUGGUCUCCUGAAUCUUCUAAUGUUUAUGUUUGUUCGGCACAUUUUAUUACUGGAAAAAGAGAACUUUUUGAAAAACAUCCAGACUCAAUUCCUUCAAUCUUUGAUACUGAAAAACUAAGUUCCCCUCAAAGAAAAAUUAAUAAUAAUAGAAUUAAGAGAGUCAAUAGAAGAAUAAGUAGACAAAAUUUGGUUGUUCCUGUAUGUAAGAAACUAAAACUUUUUGAUAAAUCUAACAGAGAAAAAGUUGAUUUUGUAAUUGAAAAAAAGAGCUUAUGUAGUAAAGAAAUCAAUGAUUCUGCAUAUACAGAGAGUAUUUUAGAACAAUGUUCUAGCAAGAGUUUUGAGAAACAAGAAUUUUAUCCUUCUGAAUCAAAUAAGGAGCAAUUAGAACAAUGUUCCAGCAUAAGUUUAAGUAAUUCUACAUGUAACGAAGAUCUUUUAAAACAAAGCUCAAGCAAAAGUUUUAGCGAAGAGUUUUGGUUUUCUACACCUAAUGAAGGUAAUUUAGAACAAUGCUCAAGUGAUAUUUUUAGACAAGAAACAAGUGUUCUUAAUGACACCGAUUGUCAGUUGAAGCAAAAUUCCACUGAGAGUUUUUUAAAUUUGUAUUCAGAUAUUGAUGGCAUAAGAUCUGUAACAACAUCGGAGAGACAACAACUCUUUAGUGAAAUAAAUAAUCUUCGUUUAGAAAGAGAUUUAUUUAUGUCAAAGUUUAUGUCCUUAAAAUUUGAUAAUUGCAACCUGGGAAUAAAUAAAAUUCGAUCACAACCUGAUAAAUGCACUAUGGUUACAGGUUUAAGUCUACCAGUAUUAGAAAAGCUGCUGUGUUUCCUGUGCAAAGGAACUGAUGAAAGUUUACUUAAAAGAUUGGAUUCAGCAGAUCAAAUUGUAUUCUGCUUAGUAAAGUUAAGGCACAACAUUAACUUUGAUAUGUUAUCGUUUAUGUUUGGUUUUAAAAAAACUACUGCAUUGAACAAUUUUUGGAAAUGGAUAGAUAUUAUGUAUAUUAAAUUAAAGUUUUUAAUAAAAAUGCAAGAUAGGGAUCAUAUUUACGACACAAUUCCUCCAGUUUUCAAGUGCAAAUUUCCACGAUUAACAUCGAUUAUUGAUUGUUUUGAGGUUUUUGUGGAAUCGCCAUCAUCCCUUAUGGCAAGAGCACAAUUUUACAGCCAAUAUAAAAAGAAUUGCACAAUAAAAUGUCUUAUAUCGUGUACACCUCUUGGAGCUAUCAAUUUUAUUUCUAAGUGCUAUGGAGGUAGAGCUUCAGAUAAUCAAAUUGUCCGUGAAUCAGAAUUCGCAUCUAGCAAGUACCAUAUGCCAGGUGAUCAAAUUUUAGCAGAUAGAGGUUUUACAUUGCAAGAUGAUUUUGCUGCUGGAAGCUGCUCUUUAUUGAUAAACCCAGCUUUUACGAAAGGUAAAGCUCAACUUUCUGCUUCAGAUGUAGAAAAAUCUCGUAAUAUAUCAUCGGUUAUAAUACAUAUUGAAAGAGUUAUUGGACUAUUAAAAAACCGCUAUACAAUUCUUCAAGGUACUUUGCCGCUGCGAACAGUUAAAAACAUUUCUGACGAAGCUACGUCACUUACUCUUUCUAAUUGUGACAAAAUAGUAACCGUAUGCGCUGCUCUAACAAACCUUGGGGAAGGUAUUGUUUACGAUAAAACUCACCUUUUAUCUUAGUUAUUUUUUAAACGGCUAUUUUCAUAGCCACAAAUCAUAUUAAAAGUAUUACUUGGUAUAGAUAAUUCUUUACAAGAGAUUAGUGGUUUUAUUAUUGGUAACAAAAAAUACAUA